AGUCCAUCAGGAUUCAGUCCUCAUUGAUGGACUAUACUGUCUCCAAGGGGAUUUCCCUCUGUGGAAAAACCCGCGUCCUGGAUGCAAGGGCAGCAUUUGAUGUUGCAUCCAUGUACACGAACCAGGAUUCAGAAAUGGUUCAUUUUCUGCUAUUGAUCAAGGUAUGGUAUGCAAGGAUGCGAGUCACUUCUCCGGUGACAGUUUGCAUUGUCCUGUCUGUUCAGCGAAGCAGACAUCGUGCAACAUGUGCAAGGUCAUCUCCUGCUCCAAUGAUGACUGUGAAGUCUCUUCCGCUAUUCCUAUCGUACAGCGUUCGAAUCAUCACAACUCGAAAUUAUGUACCUCGCGUUUGGAGCGUCCAGGCUCUUUGCCGCAUCUGGGCAAGCGUCCCAUGUGCGCACGCUGGUUCUGUUCAACAGAACUUCAAUGGUGUAUCGGGCGUCCAAUUUAUAAUGACAGAACCGGACUUUCCCCACCAAAUAUUGAUGUAACCCGAUUACACUCGGCGCGUCCCUUGUCUUGCCGGACUACCGCUUGUAUGGAUAAGAGCCGCGAGAGCGGAAAGAAUGGGCGUCGCUGCCGGAAUGCUCGCUAUUGGUCUCGGGUAGGCACCGCAACGUGCCCUGAUUGUGUCACACAGGAUAGUUUCACCUGUCUCUGCGGUCGAUACUGGACUUGCGGUGGCUGCGAGUCACAGACUGCUUCCACUGGUGGGUUUAUCACAUGCCCCGGGUGCCACCGGCGUUUCUGUUCAUCGUCGUGCUCAUACAUCGGGACCUGCGAGCUUUGCAAUCAUGUGGAGCCCUGUUACGACUGCAUCAGGGACGGAAAGACCCUAGCGGAGGAGCACACCAUGUUUAUGUGCCAGGGCUGCAAAGGUCUCCUGUGCGAGACAUGCUCUGAUCUUGACGAGAAAACAUGCUGCAGAUGUGAUCAGAGCAUUUGUAAGCUUGGUGCACACGAAGAAGACGACAGCGAUUAUCCUAAUAUAGUCUGUGACCAGUGCAGAGCUUCGAGUGAUGAUGAAGAUAUGGCUUACGGCUAUUACUUUUAAUGCGGCGCAUCGUUCACGAACUAUCUUGUAUUAUAAUCUGUGUCUAAUGUUACUGUAAAUCUCGCUAGCACCUCAUA